GAGACCACUCCGUUAGAACAAACCGCAGUUUCCUGUUUUCUUAUUUUGUGCCCGGAGCUAAAGACAAACGAAGGGUACAGAUGAAAAUCUCUCAGUAGCAGCCAAUCUCUGUGUGAGUUUGGAAGAAUGCUAAACCACUUGUUGCUGGCACUGGAGACUUUCCGUAGUUUCGGAGCGAUGUGGCAGGUGAAUAGCGAAGAAUAACGUCGGUGUUCCCGAAUACGGAUGAAUUGUUAUUGAAGUUUCAAGUUCUGGCAGUGACGACAAAAAUUAUUUCAGGCAUGAUGCAUUUGGGUUCCCUAUGGCUGCUCCUGGUAGGAGGAACGCAAGCUGUGCUAGGUCAAUGGACACCUUGUCCAGACGUAUUCCAGUAUGAAGGAACCUCCGGCAACGAGUAUGGUAUCAUCACUGUGCCCGAUCCCUACCCCUACCUAGCAAUUGACAUUACUGUUGAAAUAUACAUCACUGCUCGUGUACCAUCGGGCAGAAGUAUUAAGCUGGAGUUAGUAGAUAAGAAUUUAUGGAGUAAGCUGUUUGCUGGUGCUAGGGGUCCUGUCCUGUACCGACUUGACUUUCCUGUAACAUCACCACUACCAACAAUCAAGAGUAUUACUGUGAACCAACAGGUGAUUUGUAGAGGUCAAAAACCAAGCGCUUCAUUUCUUACUACAUUAACAAUUCAAAGUGCUGUUUUUAAUGACAGAUGUUCUUCAAGCAGUUUGGAAUGUCCAUAUAACAUUCGACAAACUCCAGACACAUAUCAGCCAGGGCCACCACCAUUAUCACCACCAGAAAGCACAGUAACGCACACAAAUGAAAAUCCAGCUUCACCUACAUCACCUUGCCCAGAUGUAUUUAAAUAUGAACAAGAUAGAUAUGGGGACUGGUAUGGAAUCAUCAGUGUUCCUAACCCAUAUCCUGUGGUUGCAAUUGACAUCAGAGUGGAGCUGUAUAUCACAGCAAUAUCACUGAGCAGAAAAGGACGGCUUGAGCUUGUAAAUAAUCUAAACGAAGAAUGGCAGAGAAUGAGAACUGGUGAACAGUAUUUUAUUCUGUACAAAUUAGACUUUCCUGUAAGUUCUCCCUUGCCUACAAUCAAGAGUAUCACCGUAAACAAUCAGGUCAUUUGCAGAGCCAACAAACCAAGUUCUCCUGCACUUACUACACUCUCUUUUCAACAUGCUCUCUUUAGUCAGAAGUGCUCUUCAAGUAGUCUUGAUUGCCCUGACAACACUGUACAGAAUGUGCUGAUAACCAGACCAAAACCACCAGUUACCAGACCAAACCCACCUGUUACUAGGCCAACACCAACCAGAGAACCGCCAAUAACACAAAAACCUCAACCUGCACCAACGCGCAAACCAGAACCUCCAAAACAGAAUCCAAGCAUAAGCACGAACACCCAAUGUGGCUCUCCAGUAGUGAAAACUAAUCCCCUUAUCGUUAAUGGACAAGAUACAAAACAUGGUCAGUGGCCUUGGCAUGCAGCUUUGUAUCAACACAAGGGUUAUGACAUAGUAUACACCUGUGGUGGAUCUUUGGUGGGUGCCAAGACUAUUAUUACAGCUGCUCACUGUGUCACCAAGGGUGGAGAGAUGCUAGCUACACUUGACCUCAUUGUGUACCUAGGAAGAUAUGACCUCAGAAAUCGCAGAGAAGAAGGUUCCCAGGAAAAUGAUGUUGCCAAAAUAUUUGUUCAUCCUUCCUUCAAUACUGACAACUAUCAAGCAGAUUUAGCCAUGAUUGUCCUAGCUAUCACUGUGCAGUACACUUUAACUGUGAGACCUGUAUGUCUCUGGAAUCAGAGCGAUAAAAAUCUUGCAAAAAUAGUUGAAAAGGAAGGUGUGGUGGUUGGAUGGGGCUUAGAUGAGAAAGGCAACAAUGCACAGAAGUUGAAGAUGGUUAAAAUGCCAGUUGUAAAGCAGGAGACUUGCAUCUGGAGUGAUCCUACUUUCUUCUCGCAGUUCACUUCUAACACAACUUUCUGUGCUGGAUAUCGAAACGGCAGCAGUGUAUGUAAUGGUGACAGUGGAGGUGGGAUGGUGUUCCCAGAGAAUCAAAGAGAUGGUAAUCAAAUUUGGAUGCUUCGUGGUAUUGUCUCAAACAGCAGACCAAAUGAUAAUGACAAGGAACGUUGUGAUGAUCACAGCUAUAUUGUCUUCACAGAUAUUGCACAGUAUCUAGAUUGGAUCAAUGCUCUUAUCAUUUGAUGUUAAUAUCUUGUAAAAUUUGGAGUAAAAUAAAUUUUCUGAUUUAUGCCCAUCAGUAUUUUCAACAAUGAAAAGAUUCUAUGGAUUAAACUAGCUAUAAUAUGUAAAAUGAUGUGCUUGAAAACUGAAAGAAACAAGAUUGUUACAGAAUGUAUUUCAUUCCUGAAGCUGUAAAAUCAGGUAAAAUAUGAGGUAGAAGAAAAUAUAAACAUAUUAAACGUUUAUAUGGAGCAUUUUAUGGUUCUGAAUGAUUAGAUCUCAUAGUACGUAAUGUCGCUUAUACAAUUAGCAUACAUGUUUUAUGUAAAUUUCACAAUUCAUAUCAACUACCACUAUAAAACCAGAUAUUUUGUAUAGUCACUAUACCAUCUUUUCCCCAAAAAAUAACCUUAGUAAGACACGUGCUUUUAGAGAUCUACCACAAUACAAUACUUCAAAAUGCCAAAUGGAAUGGUGAUAGUGUAGUUCUCACUACAAAACUGUUCAAGGUUAACAUGUUAUUGAGCAGUGUGUACCAUUUAAAAUGCAACCAAACACUUCUAUACAAAAAUUAAAUCAGAUGCAGACCCAAUUUUCCCCAUAACACUCGAUUCAAGGUCACUCAGGUUGUUAGGCCACUGCUCAUAUCACUUUUGCAAAAACUGUGCAGGCACGAACAUGAUGUAUUCAUGAUGAUUUCUUUUGGUAUGAAUUUCUCAAAGAAAGAGUCUAUUUACACAAUCCACUAAGCUUGGAUGAAAUGAAACACAAUAGCUAAUAGACUAUUGUCAACAGUGACAUAGAAAUACUUUACAAGUCACAUGAAAGACACAAGGGCAGAUGCUUGUCUUUGAGAAGAUGGUAGAUAUUUUCAGCUUGUACUGUAAUGCUUUCAUGUAAGUGUUCCUCACAAAUAAAAAUUAAAAAACAACUCA